UGUAAUGUGUCCAUUCUGGCACAUCGCCUUCUGUCACCCUCAGAAUGGCUGAAUGGGUGAGACAGCAGGCUGAGCGAGAGGCUGGGAAGGAGCAGAAGCGCCUGGAGCGCCUGGAGCGACAGCUGGCAGGGCCUGGGCACUGCCUCACCAGUCCUGGCUACCAGCAACAGUGCCAUGAGAUGGCAGAGCGCCUGGAGGAUUCUGUCCUCAAAGUAAUGAACACAGGAUGUCUAGCAACCCACAAAAGCACACAUACUCACACAGUCUCGGCAUAUGGCCCCCUGAAUUCUGUGGGCCAAUGGGCCACAGGUAUGCAGGCUACCUCCAGCAAGAUGGUAUCGGCAGAAAUCAGUGAGAAUCGUAAACGGCCUAACAAAUCAAUAACAGACAAAGGAGCCAGAGCAGAGAAAAGGAAAUGCUUUUGGUUGGGUUUGGAAGGACUAGAGACUGCAGAGGGGUCCAGCACCGAGAGCUCGGAUGAUGACAGUGAUGAAGCACCUAGUACUUCAGGAAUGAGGUUCCAUGGUCCAAAAACUGGCAGUGACAGUGUUGAGAUGGCAUUCAAACUUCCCAGUAGUUCUCAGAAGGCAGUAGUAUGGAGUACAGACUCUAGAUCACUAGAAGAACUACGGACCCCAGAGGCUGACCCUGGGAACAGUAUUUCAGAAGAUUUGUGUGCUGAGCUGGGAGAGACAUCGGCCAGGGACAUCGUGGAAAGGAAGAUGGCUCUAGAAACACAGAAAACCCAGGAGGAGGAGGAGGCAGAGAGGAAAGAACCCAUAGAAAAGGAAGUAGCUGGGACAGGACUGAAUAAGGAGCAAGAAACAAAAGAAAUGACUAAUGGAGAAAGAGCUGCCAAGGUAGCACCUGGAGAAGGUGGGGAAAACACUCCUGUUGCCAAACUGGAGGAAAGCCAAUCAGGAAACACAGAUGUUGGUAAGGAAACUAUAGAUUUACAGGCAUUCCACUCUGCUGCAGAAAUGGAGCUGCUGGGUUUGGAGAAACUCAAGUGGGAACUGAUGGCACUGGGCCUGAAAUGUGGGGGCACUCUGCACGAGCGGGCAGCACGGCUCUUCUCUGUCAGAGGACUGGCACAGGGGCAGAUAGACCCAGCUUUAUUUGCCAAGCCUUUGAAAGGGAAGAAGAAAUGAAUUUCAUCAGAGCCGAUUUCCUACUUCUUUAUAGUCUAGUACUUAUGACCUACAUAAUAUUGACUCGUGGCCAUUUUUCCUGUUGACAUUAAAGCUGAUUUUUUUAAUAACCA